CACCUCGGAUCACGAUGCUAUGCAGCCCGGCCAUUCAUGGACAACCUACCCUGUAAUAACAUCUCAAUCUGGCAAUUCUGAGGUAAGAUGCGUCCUGGAGGCUGAUACUACGGAUUGAGUUGCAAAGCCAUGGGCGAGCCGGAAGGUCGUUGACCCUCGGAGGCCAGUGCUGGUCAUGUGUCGACGAUGAUCUCAUGAAACCAUAUGAAUGAUACAUAACGCUCCCAUUACUCAGGGUGUUCUGUAAAUCGUCGGGUACAUUACGGAAGACUUUUGGAACUCACUUCGUAUUAUCAACUUUGAUCAAACGGACACCUUCCACAAUGGCUGUCCUCAACUAUCUCGGUUUCGGAGGCCCAGCGCCAACAGUCAAGCCCAGUUCCGAAACCCCUAUCAGGGCUCUGCCAGCAAGUUGGUACACGUCUGAAGACAUGUAUCAGCUCGAGAGACGAGCCAUCUUCUCCCGCCGAUGGAUGCUGACCACGCACAAGUCGAGAUUCGGCCAAGCCGGGGACUACCUGAAAUUCGACGUUGCCGCCUACGAGUUUGUCCUGUGCCGUGACCGAAAGGGACAGGUCAAUGGAUUCCACAAUGUUUGUCGUCACCGUGCAUUCCCUGUUGUGCAAGGGCAAGAAGGAUCAGCCAAGAUAUUUGCUUGCAAGUACCAUGGCUGGUCAUAUGGUCUUGACGGCAAACUCGCCAAGGCACCAAAGUACGAUGAACUCGAAAGCUUCGAUAAGUCUCAGAACGGCUUGUUCCCGAUCCAUGUGCGUGUCGACGCCAGCGGAUUUAUCUGGGUCAAUCUUGACAGCAACGAAACGCCGGAAGUACCGUGGGAGGAGGACUUUGACGGUGUCGACACGCAAGAGCGCUACCACGUCUACAAGUUUGACGACUACGUUCUCGACCAUGAGUACAAACUUGAUGGUGCAUACAACUGGAAGAUCCUGGCCGACAACUUCAACGAGUGCUAUCAUUGUCCGACAGCUCAUCCAGAUAUACCCACACUUGCAGAUAUCGAGACGCACGAUGUUUCCGGUGUCGACGGUUAUAUCAAGCAUCAGUCUGUACCCUCCGAGGAGCAAAAGAAGCUUGGUAUGGCCAUUGCCAGUACCUAUUUCUUCCCCAAUGUUUCCAUCUCGGUGCUGCCACACUUCCUCAUGCUGCAGCGCUUCCUUCCCAACGGACCAAAGAGUUCAUCAAUGCACUAUCAAAUCUACCGGAACAAACAUUCAUCCGAUGAGGACUUUCAACGCAUCCACAAGCUAUAUGCUAAAGUGGUGUCCGAGGACAAAAUCCUUUGCGAACUCUCGCAGAAGAACCUCAAUGCUGGGGUGUUUGUGAAUGGUCAAAUGCAUCCAAGACUUGAGAAAGGCCCUUUGUACUUCCAGCAGCGUGCACGCGAGGCAAUCAGGGACCACGUGGAACGAGAGAAGGCAGAGAAGCGAGAAAUUUGGCCUGCUCAGCAGAAUUUGCCCGCCGAUGCAAGUGUGAGCAAGGAGGAUGUAGAGCUCUGCUCUGGUCUGAGUUGUCAACCAGAUCAAAACAUCUUAGCCUGGCAAGAGAUACAACGGAUGUAGGCAUGGCAGCAUAGAAGUUUGGCCACGUAGCAUAGCAUAGCAUAGCAUACGCC